AUCGACCCAAAGACGGGAGCUGCCCUGGCAAAGCAUUCUGGAACGGUAGUGGUCUACUACAGACUGGAAGGAGGACAGCAGGCCCUCAGAGAGGUACAGUACAGCAGAGGGUUACCAUGGAAAUGAGGGGGUUGCCAUGGAAAUGAAGGGGUCACCAUGGUAGUGUUUUGCCAACAGGUGAAGGUGGAGUCUCCAGCCAUCCCAGAACUCUAUCCCCCUGAGGAUCGUUUCCUCACCAACUGGCCUGACGCACCUGACUACACUGUUCCUGUGGAGCUAUACACCUCCCCCGUCAACACAGGUGACACACACACACACACACAGGUGUGGAGCUUCACACCUACAUGGCCUACACAGGUUAUCCAUAUUACAACAGAGGUGAGUAGUACACUGAUACCUCUCUCUCUCUCUCUCUCCUUUCCCUGCUCCUCUUCUCCCACCACCCCAUCUCUUCUCCCACCUCCUUUCCCAUCUUUUCUCCCACCUCCUCAUCUCUUUUCCCAUCUCUUCUCCCACCUCCCCACCUCUUCUCCCACCUCCCCAUCUCUUCUCCCACCUCCCCAUCUCUCCCCCUAGCCCAGUGUUCCCUGUUCCAGAGGGAGGCCAUAGAGAAGCUGCAGCCAGAGGCAGAGUUACGGUGUUCCCUGCACUUCAGCGCCCCCUACCUCCAGCUCAACACACUGCAGGCUGUGAUCGUCGCCACACCUCACUAUGACCUCGACACAGGUACGACAGGAACACAGGACCUCCCUUCCCCAUCCCAUUGAUAAAAAGACCAUGUCUCUAAAAUAAUACAUUAAAUAAUUAUUUGACCCAUUUUUACUCUUGCUCCAUCAGGUGAAUACAGCUGCAGAGUCUCCGUCCGUCCCCAGUCAGACUCCGUCCUCCACCUCCUCUCCUCUCUCUCUCUCUCCGUCUCACUCUCAGCCUCUCUGCGGGGCCAGUCCCCCAUCCCUAUCCUUCCUCUCUCUGCUCUGUCGCUUCCUCUCUCCGGACGUUUGGUACAGUUGCCGUACCUGCCUGCGUUCCACUGCCCGGUGUCUUUCCUGGUGCUCUCUGCUCUGCAGCCCGUGGCAGAGUUCUCUGUGCUGGGCACCAAGGAGGUGCUCUCUGCCCUACGGGUGGGUCACAUUAGGACUAACAUUAAGCAUUAGAGCAUUUACAGCCCCACAAUACACACUGCUUUAAGACCUUGGCAUAGGCAGUAUGGAGUGAAUGCAAUCCAUAUCUCUUCUCUCUCUGUGUUGUGUUCAGUUCCACUCUGACAGUACUGACGUACUGCUAUCUGAGCCCAGUCAAUCAGACGGACGUCUAGUGUUGUCUGUCUACAUUUCCACUUCCUGGGUCAAAGGUCAGGCCCUGCCCCCUCCUGCCAACAUCACCCUGUCCAGCCACCUGACCCCACAGACUCAUGUCCUCAUGGUUUACAUCACGGCGGACAGUGAGGUGAAGAUAGGUGAGGAGCAGACUCUCACACAGCCAAAACACGACAAUGAAAACGUUAAUAUACAACAGUGUUUCCUAAACUCAGUCCUGGGGCACAUUUUGGUUUUUGCCCUAGCACUACACAGCUGAUAUAGCCCACUGACUCACCCCUGUAUCCACACAUCUGACCCUGUCUGAGUGUGUGUGUUCAGGUUCGACAGAUCUGAUUAGUCUACAAUCUUCCUGGACUCGGCUCCUGGACUUCCAUCUCAUCCUGGUCUUUGCUGUGUUUGCAGUUAUGGCCACUACUGCCACCUUAUUCAUAGGUAACUAUCUAACCACUCACCACCACUACCUUAUUCAUAGGUAACUAACCAAUCACCACUACCUUAUUCAUAGGUAACUGUCUAACCACUCACCACCUUAUUCAUAGGUAACUAUCUGACCACCACUACCUUAUUCAUAGGUAACUAACCACUCAAUUGGUGGUGUGUCAUGUGCAGCUGAAUGUGACAGUUAACUUCUGUAUUUGUCAGUGUACAACUCCUGCAUGCAGACGGUUCCUGUCCCUGCGGUCGGCCUGUACCCAAAUACACCACCUAACACAGGUCAGUACGUUACCCUUUCCUAUUAUAUUGGUGCAUCAGGUAGCAUAAAUGAUUUGUAAGCUUUAUAUUAAUAAUAUAAUUGUUCUCCAGUGGACAGCAGCAGUCUUGGGGUUGUCUAAGCUGGUGUGUGUGUGUGUUCCAGUGGCCCGCAGCAGGACGGUGCGUUUCUCUCCCUGGAUCAGACCCUCAUCCCCAGACACAGAAAGGAUCCUCCGCAGACGCAACUGGCUCUGGAGCACA